AUGGACAAUUUUUCCAAGGAAGAAGUUGAAGUUGUUGUGGUUGGAGCUGGUCCAUCAGGUAUAGCUGUUACAGCAUGUUUGAACAAAUUGGGCAUAAAAAAUAUUGUGUUAGAAAAAGAAGAUUGUUGUGCCUAUUUGUGGAAGAAAAAGACUUAUGAUAGACUUCACUUGCAUUUAUCUAAAGAUUUUUGUUCAUUACCUUUUAUGCCACAUGCAACUUCAUCACCUAAGUAUUUGUCAAAAAAUGAAUUUAUUCAAUACUUAGAUGAGUAUGUUAGGCAUUUUAAUAUCAAACCAAAAUUCCAAACUUGUGUUGAAUUAGCCUUUUACAACAACGAGGAGAAGAAAUGGAAUGUCCAAUCAAGAAAUGUGGCCACUGGAGAAAUGGAAUUGUAUGCUUGUAAUUUCUUGAUUUUGGCUACCGGAGAAAACAAUGAAAGUUAUAUUCCGAAGGUGGUAGGGAUAGAAAAUUUCAAUGGUAAAAAGAUUCAUUCAAGUGACUAUAAAUCCGGCGAAAAAUAUAAAGAUAAAAAAGUAUUGGUCAUUGGAUCAGGAAAUUCUGGGAUGGAAAUAGCUUUUGAUCUUUCAAAUUAUGGAAGUCACACAUCAAUUGUUUGUAGUGUUUGA